AUGUACCGGAAGAGAUUCCGGGGCCAACAGCCCAGCUACCCCAAACCCAACAUCUCCCUGCGCCCCAGUGGGCGGGUCACCCUGGGGGGAGCCGUGACCAUCCGGUGUGAGUGUCGGUGUCGGGGAGCGAGGGUCCUUCUGAGUAAAGCUGGAGACCCGGACGCACGGCGCUCGAUGGACCCCGUGGGGGACGUGGUUGAGUUUCCCAUCCGCAGUGUGAGCCAGGGAGACGCAGGGAACUACAGCUGCCAAUAUAGCACCAAGUGGGACCCACCCGUCUGGUCAGAGCCCAGUGACCCCGUGGAGCUGGUGAGGGAACUGACCCAGGUGGGCCCCAGCAGCCGGAUCCCUCCCCGAUGGAGCCGGAGGGAGAAGCCCAACUGGGUCAGCAACCAGCUCUUUGCUCAGCUGGAAGAGGACGAUAGCUCUAAUCAGCUGGGCCUCGAGCCCAGCUACCCCAAACCCAACAUCUCCCUGCGCCCCAGCGGGCAAGUCACCCUGGGGGGAGCCGUGACCAUCCGGUGUGAGUGUCGCUGUUGGGGAGCGAGGGUCCUUCUGAGUAAAGCUGGAGACCCGGACGCACGGCGCUCAGUGGACCCCGUGGGGGACGUGGCUGAGUUUCCCAUCCGCAGCAUGAGCCGGAGAGAUGCAGGGAGCUACAGCUGCCAAUAUAGCACCAAGUGGGACCCGCCCAUCUGGUCGGAGCCCAGCGACCCCGUGGAGCUGGUGGUAGCAGAGCCCAGCUACCCCAAACCCUCCAUCUCCCUGCAGCCCAGCGGGGAGGUCACCCUCGGGGGAGCCGUGACCGUCCUGUGUUGGGAUCGGCACCAGAACAUGAGGUUCCUUCUGUACAAAGUUGGAAACCCGACCGCGCUGCAGGACACGGAGCCGGCUGGGGACGUGGCUGAGUUUCCCAUUCGCAACGUGAGCCAGAGAGACGCAGGAAGUUACAGCUGCCGAUAUAGCACCAAAUCCGACCCGCCCGUCUGGUCAGAGACCAGCGACCCCGUGGAGCUGGUGGUUGCAGAGCCCAGGUACCCCAAACCCAACAUCUCCCUGCGCCCCAGCAGGCAGGUCACCCUGGGGGGAGCCGUGACCAUCCGGUGUGAGUGUCGGUGUCGGGGAGCGAGGUUCCUUCUGAGUAAAGCUGGAGACCCGGACACACGGCGCUUGAUGGACCCCGCAGGGGACGUGGCUGAGUUUCCCAUCCGCAACGUGCGCCGCGGAGAUGCAGGGAGCUACAGCUGCCAAUAUAGCACCAAGUCUAAUCCGCCUGUCUGGUCGGAGCCCAGCGACCCCGUGGAGCUGAGGGAACCAACCCAGCUGGGCCCCAGCAGCCGGAUCCCCCCACAACAGAGCCGGCGAGAGAAGACGCUGGUUCUAUUUCUGUGGGGGGAACCGACCCGACCCAACCUGGAGCGGCGCCGACUCCCACCCAUCCGGGCAGCACGGGGCCAGGUACUGGGGCUGGGGGGAAUCACCAUCGAACCAGCUCUGGAAACAGGCUCACGGUGCCCAGCGGCUGGGGCAGGGAUGGGGACAGUGAAUCUGGUGGCAGCCUCCCCAGGGCGCCUGGAUUUCACCAACGCCAACAUCGCCCGCCUGGUGCUGGGUGCCAUGGCCCUGCUCAUCCUGGGGCUGACCCUGGCUGAGGCCUAUUACAGCCGCCCGAGGGAGGUGCCCUAG